AGACUCCUCACGCUACCGCCCAUGUUACGCCAGAAAUGCUUCGAGGCCAUCACAAUCACAACAAGAUGCUACUCCGUCUCAACCACCCUCCGAGCCAAUUCCGGCCAUGAAAAUCCACUGGGACUUCCCAAAUCCGGGACACCUCCCAAUCUUGCUGCUCGCAUGAAACGAGGUCUUCCCGAAAAAAGACCCAUUCCCAACGUCGCCAAAGUAAUAGCCGUCAGCAGCGCCAAAGGCGGCGUAGGAAAAAGCACCAUAGCAGUAAAUUUGGCACUCGCACUCGCACGACAACAAUCAUCACAACAAGGAACACAAGUCCAACAAAGACCCCUCCACAUCGGCAUCCUCGACACAGACAUCUACGGCCCCAGCCUCCCCACCCUCUUGAACCUCGAAUCCUACGAACCCCAUCUCGACGGCAACUCCCGCCUCAUCCCACUGACCGCCUACGGCAUCCACGCCAUGUCCAUGGGCUUCCUCGUCCCCGCAGCCCAACCGCUCGCGUGGCGCGGUCUCAUGCUCCAAAAAGCUCUCACACAACUCCUCUUCGAAGUCUCCUGGCCGGCCCUCGACGUGCUCGUGAUAGAUUUACCUCCGGGCACGGGAGAUGUGCAAUUGACAUUGACGCAGAGCGUACCCCUCGCUGGCGCCGUGAUUGUUUCUACUCCGCAGGAUUUGGCUUUGCGGGAUGCCGUGCGCGGAGUGGCCAUGUUGGAGAAGGUGGGAGUGCCGAUUUUGGGGCUGGUGCAGAAUAUGAGUACGUUUGUGUGUGCGAAUUGUGGACAUGUGGCGGAGAUUUUUGGUCGGGAUGGCGCCAAGAACAAAUGCGAAGAAUUAGGAAUCCCCUUCCUAGGUGAUGUCCCUUUACAUCCAGACAUUUGCUCGAGUGCCGAUGUGGGUAAACCGACCAUGGCUUCGAGUCCAGACUCGCCUCAGGCGCAGGCAUUUGUAAAGUUGGCGAGUACGAUUGCUUCGAAAUUGCAACUCUAGAU